AGUUUCUCGCCAUCUCGCGAGUAAUUGCAAACGCUUUUGGAAAGAAAAAGGUGAAGGGAUAUUUUUUAUUUCAUAAAGUUUCAAAGGAUUUCAUAUUGCACACUGAAGAAAUCGUCAGCGCUUUUUUAAGAAAGACAAUUUUUCAUCCUGUGUCAACUUACAAAAGUGAAGAAAGUUUCAGAAAAUAAUGUCUGGACCAUAUCUUUCACCUCUUGGACCACAAGCUGAUCUUCUAACGGAAUAUAUGUUCGGUCGACGUCGUCAGGUCAGUAGGCGUAAUCGAACAACCUUUACACCACAACAACUACAAGAAUUGGAGUCACUUUUUCAAAAAACUCACUAUCCGGAUGUAUUUCUACGAGAGGAAGUUGCGCUUCGAAUCUCUCUUUCGGAAGCUCGAGUGCAGGUUUGGUUUCAGAACAGAAGAGCAAAAUGGAGGAAACAAGCACGUUUACAAUUACUGCAGGACGCAUGGAGAAUGCGAUGUUUGGGUUUGGGGAGUGCUGCGCCACUUCUUCUGAGACCUCCGCCUCCGGGGGUGGAUCGUCCUGACGUGUCCCCACCACCCUCGUUGGCACCAACGACUCCACAAAUUUCGCCGCCUUCGGCACCUGAUGGUAGACUGACCGAAAAUGGACCUAUCACUGUACCAGCGUGUCGAGACUAUCGAAUUCUACCUCCACCACACAGUUUUUCGAUUAACUGUGACAAAUCACCAGAAAGAGUUAAAUGUGGAUGUGGCUCGCCACAAAGAUCAUCCAGCAGCCCUUCUGAAAGUGAAACACCCACCGGAGUAAUGAUAAGAGAAAGACCGCAGGAGUCUGAGAUGGACCUAACGAUUAAAGGACCUCAUCCUCCACGACACCCACCAAUAGCAUCUCUCUUUCAUCAUCUAUCCACGACUACUCAAGCGGAUCUUAGUCCGCCGUCUCAAUCUGUUGACGAACCACUUGACGUCACUCUUGCUAGCAACAAGAACAAUUAAACUUUUGAUGUGAGCAAAAAUUAUUAUUUAUAAAUAUAAUAUAAAAGUGGGAGAGUUGCGCCGCCUCAUUGUUGAAAUCAACAAAAUAAAUUAUAUACUUCAUAAUAAAUAUAAAGACUCGGCUAAAAAAAAUUGAUGGUCAAGAAAUGUCAAUGCUACUAAGAAACAUUCAAAUAAUGUUCAAAAUUCUUAAAAAUCAUUUUUUUAUACAUGCACCGAAAAAAAAAAGUUCUCAAAUUUAGAGGAUUCCUCUUCUUUUGCAGCAACUUUUCCUUUUAUAUAUGGGCACUAAAGUUUUCAUAUCUAAUUGAGAGGAUUUUCCUCUUUUAUAUUUUGAGAGGAAUAAUUUCAAAUAAAGAUUUAUUCAUCUUGUUUCAAACUUACGUCAAAUUCAGAAAUGUCAACCUUCUUUACAGGGUUAAAAGAAAUUUAUGAUUUAAUUUACUCGUUAUUACUCGGAUUAAGUAAUUUAUAAUGAAAGGAACCAUUUUUGGAGAAAAAAUAUAGACGGCGAAAACACGAGCUGAGUUUUUAUACAAUAAAGUACCAAAGAUUUUCAGGUUGUUAAAAAUGUUUUUAGUUUUUGUUCAUUUUAAAAUAAAGUGCUCAGUAUUCAAGUGAAAAAAAGUUAAUGGAUUAUUUAAAUCAAAGUAAAUAUAUUUUUAAAAUAGUGUAGAGGUCAAAUUGAUGAAAUAAUCAAUUCUGAUUUGAAUAUUAUUAAAUUCUAACCCUAGAAAAAAUAGGGGUUAAACAGAUCGCAUUGUUGAUAAAUUAUAAUAAAUUUAUCACAGUUUUUAAUAUGAAUAGAAAUAAUUUUUUAAACAUUAAAACCUUAAUUUUCAGUGAAAAAUUUGUUAAUUAAAUAAUUAAUGUAGAAAUUCCAAUUUCAGAUAACAGAUUUUUCAGCUCGUUGUCCAUUUUAUUUUGAACUGUCACUUUUCAAACAGUUUGAAGAUGCGCGCAACAAAACAAAAUGAAACUAUAAAAAUCUUUUUUACAGCAUAAAUUUGUUUCAUUUUGAGAGGAAUAAUUUCAAUUAUAGAAAAGAAUCUUAAAUGCAAAUGAAUAAAUUCAAUCAAAGAGAAAAUAUUAAAAGUUAUCAUUUAAUAAAAAUAUUCUCAAAUAAAGAAGAAAAAUCCUCCUUUUUGUAGAUGAAUAUUCGUAUAUUGAAAAUAAAAUGUAAAAGUAAUUUAUGAGCGGAAUUUUCUUCUCAUUUGGAGAUUUUAUUUUUUUCGGUGUGUUAAAUAUGUAAAUAAUUGGUGAUGCAGGUCUGUUUUAUUAAUUUUAUCUUUUCCGUUUUGUAAAAUUAAUUUUUCAUUUUAAAGAAUAAAAUACUCCUUCUUCUUGUGUAAACUACUUAAUUUCAACUGCAUUUUUAUUAAUAUUUUAUCAAAGAAUUUAAAUUUUCGAAGAAAUACUCGAAAAAUAAAAGAAAAUUAUAUUUAUUGCUCAUAAACUAAAAUGAAUUUUAAGUUUUUCAUUGGAAAAAUUCGCAAUUACAUAAAAAUUACGCAGUGGAAUAAAAUAAAAAAAUUAUUAAUCGU